AUGGCUACUAUCUCCGCUACAGCCUUGCAAGAGGGUACAACACCAUGGCGCAAGAAUCUAUCCGCCCACGUCAUCUGCCCCGAGUGCAAAGAAAUGCCCCCAAAUCUGGAAUUCCCAGGUUCUCAUGAGACUGUUUGCGGAUCCUGUGGACUGGUUCUUGCGGAUCGAGAAAUCGACAUGCAUUCCGAAUGGCGUACCUUCUCGAACGAUGACCAAAACAACGACGAUCCUUCGCGUGUUGGUGAUGCUACGAAUCCGCUAUUGAAUGGUGAUCAAUUGGAGACGCAAAUUGCUAGUGGUGGUUCUGGCCGGGUUCGUGAUCUGUACCGUGCCCAAAAUAAACAAUCGAGCGACAAGGCGAAUAAGUCCCUCCUUGCCGCAUACAAAGAAAUCGGUGCUCUCUGUGACGGGUUUGGAAUCCCGAAGAACGUGGCAGACACUGCCAAAUAUUUAUUCAAGAUUGUCGACGACGCGAAAGCAUUCAAGGGCAAAUCGCAGGAUGUCAUCAUCGCCGGAUGUAUUUUCAUCGCCUGUCGCAAGUGCAAAGUUCCUCGUACUUUCACUGAGAUUUUCGCUGUCACCAAGGUCUCAAGGAAGGAGAUUGGACGUAUAUACAAAGCCCUUGAGAAGUUCUUUACCAGCCAGAAUCUCGAGCGGGCCAAUGCAGUUGUGUCCAACGGAGGUGUUCCCGACCCCAACGACACGUACACUGCUACGACCUCUACCAAGCCCAGCGACCUCUGCAGCCGUUUCUGCAACCUUCUAGAUCUACCAUUCCAAGUCACAAGCGUAUCAUCGGCCCUGUCGGAUCGCGUGACUACGGAGGGCAACCUUGCCGGACGCUCUCCGCUCUCCAUUGUUGCGGCGUGCAUCUACAUGGCUUCGUAUCUCAUGGGCCACCCCAAGUCCGCAAAGGAAAUCUCCCAAGUCGCUCACGUCAGCGACGGCACAAUCCGCGGCGCUUACAAGCAACUCUACACCGAGCGCGAGAGCUUGGUUGACAAAGAAUGGAUUAAAGAUGGUAAGGGAGCGCUGAAGAAUCUUCCUCCCAGCUAAAUCCGUUCUCUUAUCCGAGCUGAGCCGUUGUCGUUGUUAUUACAACCUGGUCCUAUGGCUUUGGUUUAUCCUAUCCUUUUUAAAGCUGCUAUCCAUCUGUUUUAUUCCCUAGCUAGAGUGUGUGAUCUAUUCAGGUCAU